AUGGGGUCUUCAUCAAAAUCGGGCACUCAAGGCAGUGGCUUCUUCAAGCAAUUCGCAAACCCAAAGAGCAAGUCGAGAGAGACCUACUAUGAGGACUUGUAUGGCACACGUAAUGAGGAGGAAGAGUCUGAUCAAUUCCCCGAGGCGUGUGAGUCGGAGUCGGACAGCGAUGAAGCUGGCAACGAGAGCUUCAGAAAAUCCAGCGACUACAAGCGUUUCUUUGAUGGCAGCUACUCAGGCUCCAAAAACCACCCUUCAAAGGCCGCCGAGCCUCCCAGUGCCACGAUUGAUGAACGGCAAACACCCUGCCCUCAGAAGCGUUACAAGAUAUCGCCCAAAGAGAACCACAGCCGAUCUAUGGAGUUGACGUCCCGGGAGUCGCGUUUUGAGGAUGAUGACAUUGAGGAUAAUUCGGAGGAGAAAGAAACUCCUGAUACUGGCGAUCCUCACACCACUGAAGUGGGUCGUCGACGCUCAAAGACAUCUUCUCGCAUGCUGCGUCCCAAGUCGAGACGUCUCUUCAAGCAGGAACUUGCUGAGCAGGACAAGAGAACGAAGGAAAGCAACGCAGCGCGUAAGAAGUUGGAGAGAGAAGAAACGGCUGAGGCACGGCGGAAGAAGAAGACUUUGCGGCGCGGAAUAUGGUCCAAGGAGUCGGCCAAGUCGAAACACAUCACCCACAAGAAGGCCAAGUUGGCAGAAGAUCUGGGCGGUGACGACGCCGGCGUCAAGGCGUAUGUUUUGGUUGAUCUUACUGGUGUCAAUGUGGAGGAAUAUGAGCGAUUCCCUGACGGAUGA